GCCAUGUUCUCGCAUCUUAACCAAAAUACAUCCGGAAGGCAUAACUCAAUGGAUCUCAACAAUUCUAGUAUUUCAAACUUCGGGACACCAGUUGAACAGUCUACGCCGGCACUUCUUUUCGGAAAGCGAAAGGCAACUGUUCCAUCUUCGUACACCGCUAGCCCGCUCAACACUGCAUCGGCACCAUGUUCGGAUAUUUUCGCUGUUUCUGCACCGGCAGUGCCGCAGCAUUUGAAGGAUACACCGGGCUCUAAAUCAGUUCAUUGGUCUCCAUCUUUGGUGCAAUCUGGUGAAAAGUCGGCGGCACAAACACAGAAUACACCUGCCAACUUGUCUUUCGGAGGAAAUUCAUCAUUUUCGGCGCCGACAAAGCCAGCUCCUCAGUCGAUUCAGACAUCAUCUUUCGGUGGUCAAGCGAUGCAUGCACCACCUCUUCGAUCUCUUCGCGACAAAGUUGAACCAGCGAAAAAGAUCUCCAGACGAAAUACAUUCACUGCCAGAUCAACACCACUUUCCACUCCAAUCACUCAACGAGUCACAUCCAGGUUGGCUGAAGCAGAAGAACAACCAAUGGAAGAAGAAGCCGACGCAGCUGAUACCUGGGUCACUGUUUUUGGAUUUCAGCCAAGCCAAGUGUCGAUUUUGUUGAAUUUAUUCUCGCGGCACGGGGAAGUAGUUAGUCAUCAGACUCCAUCAAAAGGAAACUUCAUACAUAUGCGCUAUUCGUGUGUCACACACGCUCAACAAGCUAUUUCUCGAAACGGAACUCUCCUCGAUCAGGAUACAUUUAUUGGAGUCGUUCAGUGCACAAAUAAGGACGUGAUCAACGGCUCAGCAUCCGGAAUUGUUGCUCGAUCAUCUAACAUUGCUGCAGCUGCAAACCGAUCUGCUUCCAUGUAUAACUCAUUUGUGGAGAACGAUAUGGCCGAUCAAUCAGUUAAUCACAAUGAGAACAGUGUGCUCAACUCGUCGAAUGUUUUUGAUGCAAAUAACUCGCUCAAUUCUUCUCGUAUUUCCGUCCGUUCUGGUGUCGGAAUGAGACCAUUGGCUGCCGAUCAAAGAACAAACAUUUUACAGGGAACCCCAUCGGUUCGCAAGGCACCUGACGGAUUGCUCAACAAGUUCUGGAACACGAUCGGACUCAACUAAUCUUUUUGCUCAUUGGAAAUAUCGCCCAUUUUUCUGUUUUAUUUCACCAUUUUUUUCUUUUGUUGUGUAUCCUUCUUUUUCGAAUUUCUGAAAACAGUUUCGUUUCUCACGGUUUUUCGUUCUCAAAAUAAUUUUAUUUAUUUCGGUGUAUUCUCAAUUUUCGGACAUUUUUCCUUCCCUUCUUCCCGUCCAUUCCAUUCCCAUUCAAAACUGAUUCUAUGAAUUGAAAUGAAGAAAACUC